AUGAAUCUUCAGCAAGUUGUCUUGAGUUUGGGCGUAUUUACAACACUGCUGCGCGAUCGGUGCUAUGCCGAUGAUGACACAGAACAUGUUCACAUCAAGCUACACGUUCCCGAAAUCAUCAACCGGCACGUCCACGUCAAAACGAAGUACAUGCACGUGUACCAUCCGAAAAAGAUCGUCCAAGAGAUGCCUCCAUCGUUCGUCGAUCAGCAACCGAUAGCGCUGGAUCACGGCAUGUGGAUGCCAUCCGGUGCCAUACCCUCGGCCAUGGUUUCUUCCCCACCGGCCUCGUCCUCAGCAAUGGCCGCAGCGGCGGCCGCUUCCCUCUCCUCGAUGGUGCAGGACAAACUAUCCGCGCAGCUGGCCCAAGAGUUGAUGAUGCGCUACCGCAAUCUGGAUGCACCCACUGUCGGAGUGACGGGUGAUCUGCGAGAGGCUGGCGAUGCUUCCAAUUAUCUUCGGGAUUACUAUCGCCAACAGAGGAAGCUGUCCGAUCAGCUGAUGUUACAGGAAGCGAUUCAACUGCCAAACUUUGCACAGACCAAGUAUCUGUCUAAUAUGGGAUACAACUGGGACAAAUCGUUCGGCGUCAAGUCGGGCGACGAUGAAUCCUCGAAUCUGCUACCAAAGUCAAAGUCAAAGAAGAAGAAGGCCUAUAACCAUCUGUAG